AUGCACGACGCUUGGGCCCUGCAUCAGCGGGUGCCCCCGGAGAGGUGGUGUGUGACAAGGCGUGAGCUGGAUCGCUUCGUGGAGGUGGUGGCAGCCCGAUGGGCCGCCGGAAAGGUGCCUGACUCGGAGCGCCCGAGCUCGGGGCACCACGAUCCGGAGCACGGGCCCAGCCUCUACCAGGUGAACCGCCACGUGGUGAAGCCGGUGACUUUGGCGGCGGGGGGCAUGAGCUACGCGCUGAUGCUGCACCCCGAGGGCCUGGACUGCGAGGUCUUCGUUUCCCACUCCUGGUUCGAAGGCAUCUUCCACCUGCAGCGCAGCAUCAAGGCCGCCUGGCCUCAGCUGCAGCGGCUGCACAACCUCUACUGCUGCCUCCUGGCCAACCCCCAGAAUCUGGACAUGGAGAGGCUGUUGGCCGUGGACAUCUCGGAGAGUCCCUUCGCCAAGGCUUUGCAGAAGUCCUCGCAUUUGCUGGUGGUGCCGAACCCUACCGUGGGGGUGUACUCGAGGCUGUGGUGCGUCUACGAGGCCUACCUUGGCGCUACGUUGCAGAAGACAUACCUGCUGCCGGUCAAGCCGAAGCGCAUGGUGCUGCUGCGCCGCAUCUGCCUCCUCGUGUGGCUGCCCUGCGUGGCUGGGUGUUUGGUGGGGCUCCCGCUGGUUUGGCUCAUUGGCCCUGCCAGAAUCUAUGCCUCGCCGGUGGGCGGCGGUGGACUUUUUCUCACUUGGUCGCUGUCGGCGUGCGGGCAGUGGUCCAUGCUGAUGCUCCCCCCCUCCACCACCUGCUUCUCCAUCUGCUUCCGGCUGAUGGUGGUCAUCUCCGUGCUGAGCUACGCCAUCACCAUGCCCUGGCUGGACUGGCUGGUGGACGGCAAGGAGCUGCGGUUUAACUGGGGCCUGGCCUUGUGCCACUACGGCAUGCCGCUGAACAUGUCUCUCAUCAACUCCGUGGUUGUUGCCUUUCAUGUGCGGCUCGUGGCGGAGAAUGAAGAGUUUGAACGGAAGGAGAAGAUGAUGCAAUUCGUGUCCGUGUUCCAUGCACAGUGCAGCAAUCCCCGUGACGAGCAGAGGAUUCGCCAAGCCAUUCGCGGAUACGAGCGGGAGGUGGACACGGUCAUUGGGAUCCUCAUCAAGGCAGGCGCCUACACCCCCAGCUUGCGAAAGGAGUGGGACGCAGGGCACGACUUGACGGGCGCAGGCUACACGGAUGUGUCCGUGACCAUGGUGUAUGCAGUGGUGGGCUGGGUCUUGGUCACCCUCGAUACCAUCUCGGACGCCUUUCUGUGGAGCACGUUCUCCUGGGGCUUCGCGGCGCUGGGUGUGGUCUGCUGCGCGUCGGCGCUGGCGGUCCCGGUGUGCACGAUUCGCCUCUACUCCCGGGGUCCGGACCGGGCAGUUUUCGCGCUGGCCUGCUGGACCAUUGCAUGCCUGGCAGCUUUGCUGCUGCCUUUCCUCUCCGUGUUGGUGGGCUGGGACGAGGCGAACAGCGUGAGGCUGGAAGCGCUCUUGGACGGGUUGACCGACACCCUGGAGCCGCAGACGCCGCCGGACUUUGUGGUGCUGGGGAUUCUGCUGAGCAGGGCCUGCGUGGUGAGUGUUACGUGGGUGGCGGCGCUGGCUGGGCCCUCCUCCUGGAACAGGUCCUGGAUGGGCCGGCGUCGGCGGAUUUGCCCGCAGUUCGAUUCGGAGUCCGACUCCGACUCGGAGUCCGACUCCGACGCGUCGGAGCUGGAGGGGGUGCUGGCCGUGCGGGUCAGCAGUGAACCAGGAGGAUGA